AUGAUAGAAGAAACAAAUAAUAUAAAUAACAUUAAUAAUAAUAAUAUUGAAAAUAAUAUUUUCAAGAAUUUUAAUUUUAAAAAUGUUAAAACAGAAAUUAAUGUUGGAGAUAUUGUUUGUAAUGAAAAAAACAAUGACCAAACCCAAAGAAUUAUUUUUGAUAUUCCAUUCACCAAUACUCCAAAGUUGGCAAUUUAUUUUAAAUCAAUUAGCCAAUCAACCAUUUCAAAUGUAAAAUAUUUAUCAUGUAAUGUUUCUAAUAUAGGUUUUGACUUUAAAUUUAAUUAUUUAAAUGAUAAAAUUAAUUCAAAUGAAUUCUGUAUUGAAUACAUUGCAAUUUAUCACCAAAAAAAAAGUUACCAAAAUGGUGAUGAGAAGUUUUUCAUUAAAAAUAGAUUUGUUUCAAAAAUGUAA